AUGUCUGGAAAUAAGAUUUAUUUCGGUUUAGAAUCGUUCGAUAGUUACAAACUAUCCCUACCUUGCUCCAGCAAACAGGAGACCAAGAAAUUCUUUCCAGGUUUGAUACACGAUGAAACAUUCGUUAUGGACCAUCCCAGUCAAUCAAACGCAGAAGCAUAUCGGAAAGAUCAUAAAAUAAAUGACACUUUUCUAGUUCCUACAAAUGUUGAAAAGUGCAAAAGGAGUUCAAACACUGGCAAUCAAGAUGGAACAUUUGUCGUUGGGACGAAACGAGAAACAGUUCUUCCCGUUGAAAAAACUUUUCUGGUUCACAAAGCUCUUGUGCCUAAUCCGAUGUUGCGAGAUGAACAACCAGUACCACACAACGUUCUGAUAACUCGAUCAAGUUCCAGAAAUAAUUUAUUGGAGCUGACAGGAACGUUGAAUGAUCCCUCCUUAGAUGACCUCUCCAUGUUAUGUCAUCAUGGAUCGUUUAUAGAACAGAAACAAUGGAAAGAUGAGGAUGACAGAGCAUCAAAUUGUAAUAAUGUUCAAAAAAACAAAAAUGUUCCUGUUAGGAACGUACAUAAGAAUAAGGGUGGAAACAGGAACAUUUUAUUGAAGAAAAAAUUUUGA